CUUCUUUUUUAUUUCCUUUUUAUAAAUUUUUCCACGAUUUUAUCCAUUCUCUGAUACUUUGUCGUUAUUGUCAAUCGUCUCUUAUACGCGUCCUCGAUACGCUAGUGUUGUUUUUCUUUUUUUGGGAGGAAUUCCAGUAUUGCUCGAACGUGACUUCGCAUGUGGUAGCAAUUGCGACACUAUCCGAGCAAAGUUCGCGGAUAUUCUCCCGUCGAUGGGUGGAUCGAAUCCGUGGUAAUUACCGACGCUAUUAAUGGACUAACGCGAAGUGUCUCGCGCGCUAGUGUUACGAAAUUCUCGCACGUGAUCUUAGAAUGCGCGUAAAUCUCCUAACGAAGAAAGAGAUGCGCUCGUCUGGUCUCAUCGCAAGGUAUAGGUGUUUCUCGUGCAUCGCAUCUUUUCUAUAUGAACGGAGCUCGUACACGGGAAGAUAGGCUGGAAAGGGAAAGAAGGCAAGGGGAGAGUAAUCUAUGAGAGAGUCACAUGCCAGAAAAUGUCAACCACGUGCGAGAAAACGAGGCUUGAUUCUCUCAGGCAUAACCAGUUCGGGCUCGCUACGUUGAGUAAUUUCUUACACCGAUGAAUUAUAGGGACAUCGCGUUUGUGCUUGCUCACGAAACUAGAAAAGAACGAGCACUCUGUGCGCUUCGAGAAAACUCUGGUUUGAACGGCAGAUCCUGCAAGGAUGAGAUCUAUAGAAUGGGAGUAGGAGCAGGAUAUUGCAAAGGGAACUUGAAUUUUGCUACCGUCUCGGAGGAAGAUGAAGUUUACAACAAGAAAAAGGUUUCCAGGCAAGAUCCGAUGUCGCAUAGGAUCAUCGAGAAGCGCAGAAGAGAUCGCAUGAACAAUUGUCUUGCCGAUCUGAGCAGAUUGAUACCCACGGAAUACUUGAAGAAGGGUCGCGGCAGAGUCGAGAAAACCGAGAUCAUCGAGAUGGCCAUACGUCAUAUGAAACACCUGCAAGGCCUUCGACAAGACACGAAGCACGCGACUGUGACACCUGUGCACGCGCACCCCGAAGACAGCGUCGACAGCGUCUCCCAUUCGACCGCGGCCUCGACCGCGGCCGAGCACUACAGACUGGGAUUUCAAGAGUGCCUCAGCGAGACGAUUCACUUUCUCAUCGAGAUCGAGGGCUUCUACACGAGGGAUUCUCUCUGCGUACAGCUGACCAAUCACUUGCAGCGGCAUUGCGAGAAGAUCUUGGCUACGAGCGACAGAUUGGGCUUCCCUCAGCCUGUGAUGCCAAUGUCGAACGGUAGCGCGAGCGGUACGAGUUACGCUCACGCUACCAUACCGGCGAUAUGCCAGCCUACCGUUCACUCCGAUCACGGCUCGAGUUCGGGCGUGAGUUCCUUUGGAGAUCCUGAACGUCCUCAACGCCCGGUCGGUUCCGGUGCUUGCUGCAACGCUGGCAUUAUACUACCGCCUACGAUCGUCAGCGACGACAGUAACCACAGCAAUCAUUCUCAUAGCACGCCUCGCAGUGCGAGCAAUAGCUAUCGCCCUCAAAAUUACAAGUUCAAGAGCUCGAUCAAGCAGAGGUUCUCCGCCGAGAGGGUAAAGUCGAAUCUUUCUCUUUGCGCGAGUCCUGAAAAACAAGCAAAUUCGUCUCACGGCGUUCCGAUUUUCGCGCUUCACGAUGGCGGUGCUUUUUACGUUCCUCUGACCGUCGAGGCUUCUAUGCUGAGCCCUCACUUUGGUUUCAUUCCGGACAACGGACCGGACACGGUCCUUCAUCCGGUCACGAUAUCCGUCAAUUUCAAUCAACAAUCAACGCCACCGUCAGCGGCGAAUCCGACCACGAUAACUACGAUGACGGCGACGGCGACGAUGACGAUGACGGCGACGACGACGACGAUGAAGACGACGACGACGACGACGGCGACCACGACGAUGACGAGUACAGGAAACGGAGCUGCACCGUGGUCCUCCCAUCAUAGUCCGAUUUAUUAGAUGUAAAAAUCCAUCGAGAGGAGAAACCCGAUUAUUUUUUCUUCGCCCGAUAUUUUUUUAUCAUCCUUUCGAUGCGACAAAAGACUCUUUUACUUGCAGUUAUCUUUGAGAGGGAGAGAGAGAGAGA